AUGGCCCCUUCACUGCAACCCCAUGUCACCCCCGACAGCUUCUUCCACACAACCUCGCCGCCACGACCAACCCUACCUACCAAUCCACCCCCAGCCCCAAUUAUAGUCUAUUUUAUAUCCGGAAACCCAGGUCUCAUCUCCUACUACUACCCCUUCUUCACCUUCCUAUCCGACAAACUCCAAUCCCUCAGCAGCAGCAGCAGCGAAGAGAAGAAAGACCACCAUCAAUUCUACAUCCACGGCCACAGCCUAGCAGGCUUCGAAGUCCAGCCUCAGUCUCCCCUUCCCACGCAUUACCACAAUGUGGAAGACCAGAUCCAGUUCAUCCAGCACAAGCUCGACUCCUUCGUGCAAGCCACUACGACUACGCAACCAUCUACUGCUAGGCGGCCCCGCGUCAUCAUCAUGGGCCAUUCCGUGGGCACCUACAUCGCCAUGGAAGUGAUCCGGCGUCAUCGCGAACGCCAAACAUCUGCCCACUCCAAUUCUUCUAUUACUGACUUCGACAUCAUCGGCGGCGUGAUGCUCUUCCCGACUGUCAUGGAUAUUGCCAGUUCGCCUUCGGGGAAGAAGUUGACUACUCUAUUAUCACUCAUCCCCCACCUCGCACUAAUCGUCUCCAUCUUCGCCCGCAUCCUCACCACCUUUCUACCAGACUUCGCCCUCCGUGCACUUAUCAAGCUAUUCAUGGCUGAUCCGCCAUCCCAGGCUGUCGAUACUACCUGCGCUUUUUUGAAGAGUAAGAGGGGCGUGAGGCAGGCUUUACACAUGGCCGCCGAUGAAAUGCGCACCAUCACGACGGAUAAAUGGAGUGAUGAUGUUUGGGGGAUAGCUUCCUCCUCUUCCUCUUCCUCCUCCGGAGGAAAUGCAGACGACAAGCUGACAGCUUCUCGGAUGUUCUUCUACUUCGGACGAAAUGAUCAUUGGGUUGCGGAGAAGACGAGGGAGGAGAUUAUCCAGGCUAAGGCUACGGCUAAGAGUAGUAGUAUGGUGGGCAGGGGGAAGGGAGGGACGGGUCCGACUAUGGUGGUUUGUGAGGAUGGGUUGCCGCAUGCGUUUUGUUUACGUCAUAGUGAAGUUACGGCGGGGAAGGUUGCGGGGAUGGUUAUGGAUAUUAUUGAUGGGUGA